AUGGCCCAAGAGGAGGCGGCGGUGGCACCGGCAACCAUGGUUCAUGUGCCGAGCAAGGACGACGCCAGCCGCAGAAGUAGCCAGCAGCAGCAGCCGCCGCCGCCACAGCAGUACUGGGUGAACGGCGCGCUCAUCAUCGGCGCCGGGCCCGCGGGGCUGGCGGUGGCGGUGUGCCUCCGCGAGCAGGGCGUGCCGUCGGUGGUGCUGGAGCGCGCCGGCUGCAUCGCGCCGCUGUGGCAGCACCGCACGUACACGCGCCUCAAGCUGCACCUCCCCAAGCGCUUCUGCGAGCUGCCCCUGGCGCCCUUCCCGCCGCACUUCCCGGAGUACCCUUCCAGGUGCCAGUUCCUGUCCUACCUCCACGCGUACGCGCGCCGCUUCGCCGUGGCGCCGCACUUCCGCGCCACCGUCGCCUCCGCGCGCCGCGACCGCGGGGUCUGGCGCGUCGACGCCCACGUCGCCGGCCGCGGCCACGUCCAGUACGUCUGCCAGUGGCUCGUCGUCGCCACGGGCGAGAACGCCGAGCCAUUCGUCCCCGACAUCGAGGGCCUCCGGCGCUGCAUCAGCACCGGCAGGGCCCCCGUGGUGCACGCCGCCGAGUACCGGUCCGGCGAGCCCCUGAGGGGCAAGCGCGUGCUCGUCGUCGGCUGCGGCAACUCCGGCAUGGAGGUGUGCCUGGACCUCUGCCACCACGGCGCCUCGCCGAGCAUGGUGGUGAGGGGCGCGGUGCACGUGCUCCCGCGGGAGGUGCUGGGCCGGUCCACGUUCGAGGUGUUCGUCGCCAUGGCGCGCUGGCUCCCGCUCUGGCUGGUGGACAGGGUCCUGCUGGCCGUGGCGGCGCUCGCGCUGGGCGACGUCGAGCGCUACGGCCUGCGGAGGCCGGCGCUGGGCCCGCUGGAGCUCAAGAAAAGGGAGGGCAGGACGCCCGUGCUGGACAUCGGCGCGGUCGACAAGAUCAGGACGCCCGUGCUGGACGGCCUCAGCGCCUAG